UUAUCUAUUUACAUUCAUCGUUUUAAAAAUUAUAUUAAAGAAUCUGCACUGAUUCUGACUUCAGAAAAUACCGAUGAUACUAUUGCGGAUAUGGAUGCCUUAGCGCAUGUGUACAAUAAAACGCUAUCAGCGCUCUUGAAUGAUCAUGCUCCUCUAAAGUCCACUACUAAAGCUGUAAGACCUACCAUGCCUUGGUAUAAUAAUGAGAUUGAUGAUGCAAGGAAAAAGCGUAGAAAAGCUGAAAGGAAAUGGCGGAUAUCACGUCGAGCAGAAGAUCUUGUAAUGUUUAAAAGAUUAAAGAAUUAUGUUACCCAUCUUUUAAAUAAAGCUAGACGGGAUUUUUAUACCGAAUUUGUGAACGAAAAUAGUAGCAAUCAAACGAGCCUAUUUAGAGCAGCCAAUAUAUUACUUGCAUUAAAGCUUAACAAUGUGUCUUUUCCUAAACAAAUGGACAGAAACAUUCUUGUGAAUGACAUUGGUAAAUUUUUUGUUCAUAAGAUUAUCAAGGUUCGUGCUGAAACUAACUCAAAUGAUGUUGAUGAGAUAGAUAGAGCACUGGUUCCAACUAAUCCGUAG